AUGCCCCCAGGGCCGUGCGCCUGGCCGCCCCGCGCCGCGCUCCGCCUGUGGCUGGGCUGCGUCUGCUUCGCGCUGGUGCAGGCGGACAGCCCCUCGGCCCCCGUGAACGUCACCGUCAGGCACCUCAAGGCCAACUCUGCAGUAGUCAGCUGGGAUGUCCUGGAGGAUGAGGUUGUCAUCGGCUUUGCCAUCUCUCAGCAGAAGAAGGACGUGCGGAUGCUUCGCUUCAUUCAGGAAGUGAACACUACCACCCGAUCCUGCGCUCUCUGGGACCUAGAGGAGGACACAGAGUACAUCGUUCAUGUGCAAGCCAUCUCGAUUCAGGGCCAGAGCCCAGCCAGUGAGCCUGUGCUCUUCAAGACCCCACGCGAGGCCGAAAAGAUGGCCUCAAAGAACAAAGAUGAGGUGACCAUGAAGGAGAUGGGGAGGAACCAGCAGCUGCGAACGGGUGAGGUGCUGAUCAUUGUCGUGGUCCUCUUCAUGUGGGCAGGUGUGAUAGCUCUCUUCUGCCGCCAGUAUGACAUCAUCAAGGACAACGAGCCCAAUAACAACAAGGAGAAAACCAAGAGUGCAUCAGAAACCAGCACACCAGAGCACCAGGGUGGGGGUCUCCUCCGCAGCAAGUCUGACGAAGGAGGCUGAACUGCAAACCCAAACUCUGCAAAAAAUCAAAUAAGCCACAAAGCUAGAAGGCUGCACCCCGUUCUGAAGAAUGCACGAGUACAUGAGAGAGUCCUGCCUUACUUCUCCUGGACUGGCUUCCUCUUCGAGAAAAUGCACAAAGCUCUGGGAGAGAGCAGAUACCAAGACUAGCUGGAGCUGCAUCUGUCAGACCAAUGGGACCAGAGAGGCUGCAGGGCUGCCUGCUUUUCAGGUCCUGACUCCAUAACUUUCUGGAUCCAGCCACUAAGGGCAUCUAUGGUAUGAGGUGCACCUUUGCAAAUGUGUAUGCUGCCAGUUGUUUGGACUCUUGGAAAACACCAUUAGAGGGCUGCACUCCAGGAUGUAGACGGCUCUGCCAAGGCCCAAGAUGUUUGCUUACAUCUAUCUUGCACAAAGAUAGAUCUUUGUGGUGACAUCAUCAGCGUGGAGUUUUAAGAAGCUCUGGAAGGUACUGCCCGCUUUUAAAGGAAGUGCCUCGACUGUGGCAGCAGUGUCAGCUCGGAGAACUGAAAACAUCUGCAUCCUACAGCCUCACUAAGCUGCUGGAAAGCAGGUCACAUCAGACAGGAAGAGAACAGCCACUGUCACUGCUGGCCUGGGGGCCUUUGGAUCUCACCAUCUCAUUCAGGGUCCUCUGAAAGUUAUCCAGGGUUCUCAUCUACUUAUCUACUUCCCUAGAGCUUGAAGUGUAAAGUGACAGCUAGUGCGCUCUCUCUCUCUCUCUCUCUCUCUCUCUCUCUCUCUCUCCUCCCCACCCCCACCUCUCCUCUC